AUGGGUGACGUUAUCAAGGAGGUGCCGCUCACGGCGGUCCGCGUUGAGGCCCUUGUGGUGAUGAAAAUCGUCAAGCAUGGCUCCGCGACCUUCCCCACGACCGCCACCGGUUCCAUCGUCGGCAUGGACGCCGACGGUCUCCUCGAGAUCACAAACACCUUCCAGUUCCCCACGGUCGACGUCGCAAGCACCGACAGCCACCAAAACAGCCACCAGAACGAUGCCUCGGCCCUCGCUGCCGCCGCUCCCCGCCAGAAGGCCAACAUUGUCUACCAGAACGACAUGAUCAAGCACCUGAAGGAGGUCAACGUCGACGCUAACAACGUCGGCUGGUACACCAGCGCUGCCAUGGGCAACUUUGUCAACCUUAGCUUCAUCGAGAACCAGUACCACUACCAGAAGGACAACGAGCGGACAGUCGCCCUCGUCCACGACGUCAGCCGCAGCUCCCAGGGCUCCCUGAGCCUGCGCGCUUUCAAGCUCACCCCGGCAUUCAUGGCGGCAUACAAGGAGGGCAAGUUCACGACUGAGAGCCUGAAAGCCUCCAAGCUCACCUUCAAGGACAUUCUCGCCGAGCUCCCCGUCGAGAUUCACAACACCCACCUUCUGACCUCGUUCCUGCACCAGCUUCCCGGCCUCCCCGAGCAGGACAAGAUCGAGUCGCCCAACUCUUUGUCGGAUCUGCGCGACGACCCCCUCAAGCAGCAGCUCCACCCGUCGGUCGAGAACCUCGACCUCUCGAUAGACCCCUUCCUCGAGAAGACGUGCGACCUCCUGCUCGAGAGCAUCGAGUCCCACUACACCGACCUCAACAACUUCCAGUUCUACCAGCGCCAGCUCGGCCGCGAGCAGGCCAAGAUCACGCAGUGGCAGACCAAGCGCAAGGCGGAGAACGCGGCGCGCGCGGCGGCCAAGCAGGCGCCGCUGCCCGAGGACGAGUGGCAGAGGCUGUUCAAGCUGCCUCAGGAGCCCAGCCGGUUGGAGGGCAUGUUGAACGCGAAGCAGGUGGAGCAGUACAGCAAGCAGGUGGACGGAUUCACGGCCAACAUCAGCGCCAAGAUGUUUGCCGUCAGGGAGAACCUGCUGCCCAAGCGGGCUUAG